AUGAGCAAGACCAUCAAGUCUUGUCGCACCUCACUGCCGAGUCUCUUGAGUAGCAGCCGGCCUACCAAAGAAGGAGGCCAAGACGCAGGCGCAGCAGAGGCCUCACCUGAUACGCUUCCUUGCCGCUCCUCUCUUGAUGAGUACCGGUUUGCAGAGCAACACAGGGGCUGGAGACGAGUCCUGUAUAGUUUCACACCAUCGUGGUUUUCCGUCGUUAUGGGGACUGGGAUGAUUUCCACCGCCCUGAAUACUAUUCCAUAUAAUAGUUGCUGGCUUUACUGGAUCUCGAUCGUCGUCUUUGCCCUCAAUGUCGCCAUCUUCGCCGUAUGCAGCAUUCUGAGUGUGCUCCGCUACACUAUGUACCCGGAGACCCUUAACGCUGUCUUCAAUGAACCUGCUCAGUCAAUGUUCUUGAGUACAUUCCACAUGGGACUAGCGACUAUUGUGAACAUGGUCUGCUUUGUGUGCGUCCCGGCGUGGGGCAAUUGGACGAGAAAUUUCGCUUGGGGCUUGUGGAUGGUUGAUGCUUGCCUUUCAGUUAUCUCCGCACUAUAUCUGCCAUUCUCACUAAUGGUUUCGAAUGUCGAUGCACAGCUCUCCUCGAUGACUGCGAUCUGGCUCUUACCAACUGCGAGCUGCGUUGUGGCUUCAGGAACUGGUGCAGUCGUUGCAGACCUCCUUUUGGAUCCUAAUCAUGCUUUAUUGACUAUUAUCGUCAGCUAUGUCCUAUGGGGAGUUGGCAUUUGUUUAUCGAUGAUCGUCUAUGUUAUCUACUUUCAACGGCUUACUGUGCACAAAUUGCCGCAUAAGGGAGUUAUCAUGAGCGUGUUCUUACCGAUGGGACCUUUGGGGUCCGGCACCUUUGCGUAA